AUGAAUAAAAAUGAUGACGAUAAUAUAACAUCAAAUAUAAUAAAUAAACUUUCAACUUAUUUAAAUAAACCACCAAAUGAGUCACUUGCCAAAACAAUUAUCACACAAGCAACAACCAAAACUCUAGAGGAUUUCUCGAAAUUUACACAAAUAAUUGGUUUAAAGAAUGAAAAUCACAUAAAUGACAUUUACAAUUGCAUAAAAGCUUCAGAUAAAAAUGGAUCGAUUCAGCUACUACCCAAACCCGUAUCAAAUUUCAAAAGAACAGACGAGUUAAAACAAACUAGACCUGGUGUUAGGUUAUCAUAUGAUGAAACAGAAGAUGGAGAUGAAGAUGAUACAAACACGCCAAAAAUUAAAAUACGACCUAGAGAUCAAGAACCUAUCACCAAGAAACCAAUGUUUAAAAAAUUGAAAAAAGAGGACGCUAUGAAAAUGAAACAAACUAGUCCAGAUGUUCAACAACAAGAUUUCAAGAAUCUAUCUAAUCAAGAAAGACCAGCGAUGAAAACUUCAAGACAACAACAACCACUAUCAACACACAAACACAAUGAAAAAGAUUCAUAUAUACCCAACAAUAGAUAUAACGUCGACAAGAAAACUUCAUCAGUGCAGCCUCAAUCUCAAACAAAUGGAGGAUCAGGAGGUUAUUUCAAAGAAACAGGAGAGUAUGUUGAUAAUGACCACGCAGCAUCCAAUGAUUUCAAUAGAGUUCCAAUAGUGAGUCAUGUCUUUAUCCCACCAUUUUUGGAGAAACUGAAAGAAUAUUUAACUUUACAAAUAUCAGGGACUUCAGUAAAAGGAGUGGGUCCAACUAUAAAUCCAGUCAAAGAUAUAAACUCAGAAUUAGCAUCAAUGGCGAAACAAGGUUCACUAGUUGUUCAAAGCAAAAGAUCAACGAAAGAAAAAGCCAGACAAGCAAAAGCAAAAAUUGGAGUUGAACAUAAGGAAAUCUCAAAGGAAGAAAACAAGCAAUCAGAUGUUGAGGAGAAAAUUGACUAUCAAAGUAUUCAAAAACAAAGACAAAGUUUACCAGCUUAUGCAGUUCGAGAUGAUGUUGUAUCAACAAUAAAAGAAAACCAAGUAACAAUUAUUAUCGGUGAAACUGGUUCUGGUAAAACUACUCAAUUAGCACAAUUUUUGUAUGAACAAGGUUUAACAAAUGAAGGUAAAAUAAUAGGAUGUACACAACCUAGAAGAGUUGCUGCAAUGUCAGUUGCUAAAAGAGUUAGUGAGGAAAUGAAUGUUAACUUAGGAGAAGAAGUUGGUUAUUCAGUUAGAUUUGAUGAUAAAACUAAUAAAUCCAAAACUGUUAUAAAAUAUAUGACUGAAGGUAUUUUACUUCGAGAGAUUUUAGCAGAUCCUGUAUUAAGGGAUUAUAGUUGUGUCAUUAUGGAUGAAGCUCAUGAAAGAGCACUAAACACGGAUAUUUUACUUGGAUUAUUCAAAAGUUUAUUGGCUAGAAGAAGAGAUUUAAAACUAAUUGUAACAUCAGCUACAAUGAAUGCUGACAGAUUCACUAGAUUUUUUGGUGCAGCUCCACAGUUUACAAUACCUGGAAGAACAUUUCCUGUUGAUAUUUAUUUUAAUAAAAAUGUUAGUAUGGAUUAUGUAGAUACUGCAGUGAAACAAAUAUUAUCAAUUCACCUACAAAGACCAGAGAAUAGUUCUGGCGAAUUUACCAAUGAUGGUGAUAUUCUUGUAUUUAUGACUGGUCAAGAGGAUAUUGAGACUACUUGUGAUUUAUUAAAAGAAAAAUUAGAAAUGCUAGAGAGUCCACCUCCAAUAGAAAUUCUUCCAAUUUAUUCAUCAAUGCCACAAGAAUUACAAAAGAAAAUAUUUAACAAAUCAAACCCACAUAAAAGAAAAGUAGUGAUUGCAACAAACAUUGCAGAAACUUCAUUAACAGUUGAUGGUAUAAAGUAUGUGAUUGAUUGUGGGUUAGUAAAAGUUAAAGUUUAUAAUCCAAAAUUAGGUAUGGAUACAUUACAAGUUGUUCCUAUAUCUUUAGCAAAUGCAGAUCAAAGAAGUGGUAGAGCUGGUAGAACUGGGGCCGGUGUUGCUUACAGAUUAUAUACCGAAAGAGCUACCGAUCCACAUAACAUGUAUUUACAACCAAUUCCAGAAAUUCAAAGAACCAAUUUAAGUAAUACUAUGUUAUUGUUAAAAUCUUUGAAAAUUAAUGAUAUUAAUAGAUUUCCAUUUCUUGAUCCACCACCAAAAGAUCUAUUAAAUUGUUCAUUGUAUGAUCUAUGGGCUAUAGGUGCUAUAGAUAAUUUCGGUGAAUUGACUAAGUUGGGUAUGGACAUGAUUCAAUUCCCAAUAGAACCUACCCUAGCAAAACUAAUUUUAUUAUCUUGUCAAAAUGAAUUUCAUUGUUCUGAAGAUAUUUUAACUAUUGUUGGUAUGUUAAGUGUUUCUAAUAUUUUCCAGAGAUCAAAAGAAAGAGCCAAUGAAGCCGAUAGAGCUAGAGAAAAAUUCACAAUUGCAAAUUCAGAUCAUUUAACUUUACUUAAUGUAUACAAUCAAUGGGAAAGCCAUACAAAUAAAGUAAAUAACAAUUAUACAAAAAUGCAUUCAUGGUGUGAAAGUAAUUUUCUUCAGUUAAGAUCUUUACAAAGAGCUAAAGAAAUUAAAAGACAAUUAAUGGUUAUAAUGCAAAAAAAUAAAUUAUCAUUACUCAAAUCAUAUAAUGAUGAAGAUAUAAGAAAAUGUUUAUGUGCAUCAUUUUAUCAACAACUGGCAAAGUUAAUUAAAAAUAAUGUAAAUGGAACACCAGAAUUUCAAAAUUUACGUCACUCAUAUAUGAAAAUGUAUUUACAUCCGACAAGUGGAUUAAAUAAUAGUAAUUUAGAUUCCAACUUUGUAAUAUAUCAUGAGCUAGUAUUAACUUCAAAAGAAUAUAUGAAUUACGUUACUUGUGUUCAUCCUAUUUGGUUAUUACAAUAUGGGUAUAAAUUUUUUGGAGUUCCUGAACAAUAUAGAGAUAAAUUAGUUGAUGCUAAGGGGUUGAUUAUGAAGGAGGAGUUUGAACAACAAUUAGAAAAAGAUCGGAUCAAAUUUAAAGAAAUGGAGUCUAAGAAUUUGAAAAAUUCUGAUAAAAAUUCGUCAACCUCAUCAAUUAAGAAGAGCUUAUUGUUUAAGAGAAGAACAGCGUUGUAA